AUGUCAGAGACAGUUGUUUCCACCAGGGAAGAGACCCGACUUUACGCUAGCUCCAAAGGGUCGGGUACUAGAAAUUCGACGACGGACUCUAUGGCCUCAGCAUCUUCGCGCUCGCAGCAGCAGCAUCCCUAUCCCGUGCAGCGAUCUGCCCCGUACUCCGAAGCACCAUCAAUCAAAACACCUGCUUCUUCGGAAGUCAGAUCACUCGCUGUAUUCCUGAAGACAGUGUGUCCACUGUUGGUAGGCGCGGCUGCAUCUAUGGUAGAAGCUGGUAUUAUGGACGAAGCCUGCUUUCGGGCCCUUAGCAAUUGGCCUGCUAGGGAGCGCGACGCACUUCUAUUAGAUGCGGUGAAGUUGUCGCCGUUCCAGCUGAGCUUGACUCGUGUGGUUCUCGGGAAAUUACAGAAGAGUAUUGUUGUGAUUGACUAG